UUGAUUAGUCGGGUGAUGUUUUCGAACGUAGCUUAAGCUGUUUUGUUAUUUCGUAUUAUUUGUGACGCAUUCGUGAUAAAAAUUUUCGAAAAACGUACGAAAAACAAUUGGUUUAUGACGAGAAACACCGGUAAACUCAACUCAUUUAAAAAAGAAGAGUUAAUUGCAAGACAUGGUAAAUGUAACAAAGGGCAUUUUGGUUGAAUGUGAUGCAGCUAUGAAACAGUUUCUUCUACAUUUGGACGAAACAUCUGCACUAGGAAGAAAGUUCAUAAUUCAAGAUCUGGACGAAAAACAUCUAUUUAUAUCUGCUGACAUAUUAGAAACUUUGCAAGCUAAAGUAGAUGAUUUGAUGGAUCAGAUAUCAUUCCCAUUGGCAGAAAAAGGUGUAUAAAGAAAUAAGAUCU